AUGAAAGCCUAUAUGUACGAUAAUCAACCAGGGGACCAGCGCUUACCCCACGAUUCCGGCCGAGCCAUCAGCGUCGAAGCACUUCGGAAUCUAGGCGUAUUAUACUACCACUUUCCCGACAUUGAGGAUGUAGACGGGCUAGCUACUGCUCGUGGAUAUAAGAAUCGGGAUGAGAUCACGGUCUCUCCUGAAAACAUGGGCGACACGUACGAAGAAAAAGUCAAAAUUUUCUUUCAUGAACAUUUGCACGAGGACGAGGAGAUUCGUUAUAUUCGGGGCGGCCAAGGCUUUUUUGAUGUCCGGAGCAAGGAUGAUGACUGGAUUCGAGUACGGCUCGAGAAGGACGACCUGCUCAUCCUUCCCGCUGGUAUCUAUCACCGCUUCACCACGGAUGAAGCAAAUGUUCGUGUCCCACUCACUAUUAAUACUCCAAGUACUCACUACCUUUUUGUUUUCUACGACUGCUAA